UAGUUUAGAAUAGCAAAUAUACAAAGCUGUGAAAAAAAUAAAAUCUCUUUUGUAACAAAACCCUAAUCUCACUCCAUCAUCUCUGCUACAGAGAGAGGGAGAAUUCUAUUGAAAGAUGGACGCGAUGAGGAAACAGCUGGAUGUGCUCAUGGGAGCCAAUCGAAACGGCGACGUAAGAGAGGUGAAUCGUAAAUAUUACGAUCGUGAUGUGUGUCGCAUGUACCUGGUUGGCCUUUGCCCUCAUGAGCUCUUCCAACUAACGAAAAUGGAUAUGGGGCCAUGUCCUAAAGUCCAUUCGCUGCAGCUGAGGAAAGAAUAUGACGAGGCAAGGGCCAAAGGUACUGAUAACUAUGAUAGAGAGUUGGAGGAUGUAAUAGAUCGGCUUAUUGUGGAGUGUGAUAAGAAAAUCAGUCGAGCUCUUAAGCGUCUUGAGGCUGAGGAUGCAAAGGCUGCUAUUGCAAUAUCAGUUUCUGAGGUUACACAGAAUCCAGAGAUAAUUGAGCUGUCAAAGCAGAUUAAGGAGAAGUUGAAAGAAGCUGAUAAACAUGAUCUUGAAGGCAAGACAGACUUUAAGAUUCAGGCUUUGGAGGAGGUGGAAAAACUCAGAACAGAAAGAGCAGAGAAGCAGUCUGCGCUACUUUUGGAAGCCUUCAACAAAGAUAGGGCAUCUUUACCUCAACCAUUGCCAAACCCACCACCAUUGGCACCCUUGCCUGUACCUGCUCCUGAUCCUCGUACCCAGGAAAUGAUAAAUGAGAAGCUGAAGAAAGCGGAGGAUCUUGGCGAGCAAGGAAUGGUAGAUGAGGCUCAAAAAGCAUUGGAAGAAGCUGAGGCACUGAAGAAGCUGCCUGCCAGGCAAGAUCCUGCACUGGAUUCCUCCAAAUAUACUGCUGCUGACGUGCGCAUUACUGAUCAGAAGUUGCGUGUUUGUGAUAUCUGUGGAGCAUUUUUGAGCGUAUAUGACAGUGAUCGACGUUUAGCAGAUCAUUUUGGAGGGAAGCUUCAUUUAGGCUAUAUGCAAAUCCGUGAGAAACUAACAGAGCUUCAGGAGGAGAGAAACAAGCUCCGAAGAGGUGAUCGGCAUGAUGAUCGAAGAUCAAAAGAGAGAAGUAAAGACCAUGACAGAGAAUCAUCCAGGGAUCGAGACCGAGCGGGAAGCCGCGACCAGGAGAGGGAUUAUGAUCGUAGGAGUAGAGAUCGUGACAGGCAUUAUGAUAGAGAUCGUGCAUAUGAACGGGAGCGUGAUAGAGAUUCAGAUCGUUCUCGUAGUUAUGAUUCAAGAAGCCGCCACAGGUCGCGCUCUCGAUCUAGAGAACGUGCUAGGGACUAUGAUCGGCACAGGCGCUACGAUCGUUACUAAGGGCUCUUGCUGUUGAGCAUUUUGGUAUGAGAACUCGUGUUUCUUUUUGCCUAGUUUAAUGAACUUGUGGAUUGAAGAAUGAUGUUAUGUGUUUCUUCUGAUAUUUUUAGUGGAGUUUGAUAGUACUAUUAUGGUGGGCAUACCAACUACGCCAUAAAUUUUCUUGACUUGUAUGUUUAAGAGGUACGCUUUGCACUUUUUAUAUAAAUACCAUGUCCUGCUAAUCUUUAAA